GGUGCAGAGAAAUUCUGGUGACCGCUCGAAAGAGUAACGACCACCACCAACGUACUACUGCAACGGCCACCCCAAGUCUUUGCAGGGUGCAGCUCACUGAACGACGACUGCAGCUGCGGCGGAUCCGCGUUUGCCCAUCAGCCUGUCCUGUCACUCGCUCACCCAUCUUCUAGACUCUGACCGACUCCUCACAGAGUUGGAGUUCUAGACUUGUAUGCUUGCGUUGCGACCCAACGGAAGGCACGCGCACAACGCCUGCCUUUCUUCUAGAUUCCGUCGGUUUCGUGGGCCGAAGUUCCGCGCCUCUGGACGGGGGCCUGGCGUGUAUCGUGGUGCGUUGCCUCCCGCGCCACCACUACUCCGUCUCCAAGUCGCGUCGUCGCACUCGAAUCCAUCCAUCCAUCGAUCGCCUUCCUCUCUUUUUAUAUCGCACCCCCCCGCUUCCGCUCGCUCGAUCGUCGGAGUAGGCGGGCGGCAUGCUGCAGGCCAGCUCGGAGAGGCCGGCGGGCCUGCUGUGGGUGCCCGGGACGAGCCCGUGGCCGACGAUGGACGCGGGGCCGUCGGCGAGGGCGCAGGAGAUCGCGCGGCGGCGGGAGGAGAUGCUGGGGAUGCUGCGCGACCUCCCGGAGUCCGAGUACGAGCUCUCGCUCACCGACCUCGUCGAGAAGGCCGGGGCCGAAGCCGAAGCCGAAGCCGAAGCCGCGCCCGCGACCGCCCCCACCAAGGCAGAGGACGGGAAGGACCCGGGCGCCGCGCGGUCGGCGGCAGCUGCGGGGAGGCACGAGCGGAGGGCGUCGGCGCGGCAGCGGGGCAGCGGCGGGAGCAGCUUCCGCAGCAGCAGCGACGGCGUCCUGCUCAACUUCUACAUGCCGCGCUCGCUCACCCGCAGCUUCACCGCGCCGCGACCCGCCCGGACGCCGUCGUUCGCCUCCGGCUGCCGGAGCCCCAGCGUCGCAUCCGACUGCAACAAGAGGGAGAGGGACCCGGACGCCGAGACCGUCAAGUGCUGGUCGUUGCUGUGGGAUCGGCGGUGGCGAAAGUCCAGCCGGCGGGACCCGCGCGCGCCGCCCAGCGAGGGCGAGUCCGCCAUCCGCGCCGCGUCGGCAGCCAUCCUCAAGGCGGCCAAGCACUCCCCUCCGCCGCCCAAUACAUGAGCUGCCGGAUGCGUUGCUGCUGUACGACUCUUGUGUCUGUCUGUACAUAUUUUGCCUCUGCGUGUGAUGUGAUGUGAUAUACUGAACCUACUGAUGCGCUUUGUUUAUAGCUCGCUCGCUCUAGUCUAGUGUCUCUAGUUAUUAUAGUAUUGUUCACUUGGAUUGGACUGUUAUGUACAAGUAGAAGGCGACAAACUUCCAGUUACAUAUAUGCUGCCCGCAGAGCUUCCUUCU